AUGGCAAAUUUUCAUCAACCACCUAUUGUACCUAUUUCGGCAUAUAUUGUAAAUUUGUUUCAUGGUUAUAAACCACCAAGAAACGAUACUACUGGUCUUUAUGUUUGUUUAAAUUGUGAUCGUUAUAUUUCUAGUGCGAACAAAACAGAUUGGCUUCAACAUACUCAUGAUGUUCAUAAAGAUGAAUUUGAUAAAUUAAAAGAAAUUCAGCGUAUGUUGACUAAUGCUUGUCGUCGAAUUAAAGCUGAUGGCGAUGUGCAGAAAACAAUCAUUAAAGCAUCAUCAUCAUCAUCAUCAUUUAAGCUCGUGGAAGAAGAAGAAAUGACGUCAACAAAACGGAACGACGAUGAAACAGCUGCACAAUUGCUCCAAUUAGGUGAACAAUUUAAAACAGGUUUUUUCAAAAGUGCUACUGAUUAUCUUAAAGAAGCACAAAAACUUAUGGGACAAGCUAAACAAGAAACAGGUGGUCAUUGA